AUGGCUUCUAGCAACUCCUUCUACACCAUGAGGCCGGUCAUUCCCCAGACGCGCGCCGACACCUCAUCCCGAGUGACGAUCAAAAACAUUCCGUUGGGAGUGACAGAGGCCCAGCUUAAGGCAAAUUUAUCGAAACACGGAGACAUCCGUGUCCACAUGUUUGUUCCUGCGACAGAGUAUGGCCUCGGCUGGGCCUGGGUAACUUGUGAGAAGCAUCAGGACGUUGAGAAGAUGUUGGCUUGUGCAGCCGAAAGAAGAGAGAAAGCAGCAGCUGCUCUCCGAGAGAACACUCAGCACGAGACCGUCCAACCAACGAAGGAUGCUGCUGCUGCAGACGAAGACGCAGCAUCCAAUGAUGCAGCAUCAGCAGCAGGAGAAACAUCUGCUGAUGAUGCCAAGUGCAGCGAAUGCUCAGAGGAAGUCAGUGACGCGUAA